AUGGCACUUUUUGGGUCCUCCGCACCAGCGGCGGCGAGCACCACCACGGGCGACACCAGCAAGGAUGUCGAAGUCCAGCAGAGCCAGCUUCCCUCAGACAGCAUCCAGGACCUCCAAUUCUCGCCCACAAAUGACUUCCUUGCCGUCGCUAGCUGGGACAAGAAGGUGUACAUCUACGAGGUGGUUGGGAAUGGCGCGAACGGCAAGUGGCUGUUCGAAUGCCAGGGCCACGUCUUGGGCGUCGGCUGGUCAAAGGAUGGCACGCGAGUAGCCGCAGGCGACUCGACCGGUAUGCUCAACAUUGUCGACUUCCGCAACGUCGCUGCCAGCGGCCAGGUGCAAGCGCAACAAGCCAAAGCCCACGAAGAAGCCAUCAAGUGCGUGCGCUGGUUCCAGACCGGCGGCCAGGACUACGUCGCAACAGGCUCCUGGGACAAGACAGUCAAGUUCUGGGACCUGAAGGGCGCGCAACCCGUCGCCACACUGCAGUGCCAGGACCGCGUCUACAGCAUGGAUAUUAAGGACCAGCUCCUCGUCGUUGCCACAGCCGAGCGACACAUCAACAUGAUCAACCUGAACGAGCCCACCAAGAUCUACAAGACCAUCAUCAGCCCACUGAAGUGGCAGACGCGCGUUGUCAGCUGCUUCACCGACGCUUCAGGUUUCGCCGUGGGCAGCAUCGAGGGGCGUUGUGCGAUCCAGUAUGUCGAGGACAAGGACACCAGCCUCAACUUCUCCUUCAAAUGCCACCGCCAACAAGAUCCCACGCAGCGCGACGUGGCCAAAGUCUACUCGGUAAACGCAAUCUCCUUCCACCCCCAGCAUGGCACCUUCAGCACCGCCGGCUCGGACGGGACCUUCCACUUUUGGGACAAGGACGCCAAGCACCGUCUCAAGGGCUACCCGGAGGUCGGCGGCUCCAUCACCGCCACCGCCUUCUCCCGCAACGGCGACAUCUUCGCCUACGCCGUCAGCUACGACUGGAGCAAAGGCUUCAGCGGGAACACACCCCAAUACCCCAUCAAGCUGAAGCUGCACCCCGUCAUUGGCGACGAGUGCAAGCCCAGACCGGGGACGAAGAAGCGGUAA